UGAAAGCGGAAGAUGCCCGGGGCCAUACUGCGCUAUGGUAUAGUUUGCCAUGUAAAUUGAUUGGUAGAGAGCGAGGGAGAGAGGGAUAGGGAGAGAGAGACAGAAUGAAAGGGCCCGAGGUCACCUCAUCACCCGGCAGACCUGCGUCCCGUUGCAUUAAAAGGUUUCAUAGGCACGAAGGAUGACGAGGCAUCGCGGGGGCUCCUGGACGGACAACGAUACCUAUACAAGACCCGUGGACGCGGAACGAAGCCCGAGGGGCCAAGUGUUGAAAAAACACGGGGGGUUACACGAGCGGACGGCGGUAUCCAUAUACUCGGUGCCCUGCUAUCUCACUGAUGCCCAACCAGCGGUGACACUUAGCAUGGCAGAGUCUAAAUCAAGUCGGGGCCAACAAGAGAAAUGGGGAGAAGGAAUAGAAGCAUCCGCGCCAACUCCACGGCGCCGGUCCAAAGGGCCGGUACCUGGAAAGGAUUUGGCUCAGAGGGGGGACGGGGACUCGGGGCGCCAUGAGGGACCCGCUCUACUUAAAGUCGACGGGGAUGGCCCCUUCAACGGACGUAGCAGGCGAGUGAGCAGCAACACUCCUCCCUACUCUCUCUCUCUGCGUGUGUGUGUGUACCCAAGUCUGUAGCUUCUGCUUUGCUUGCACACUAAACGUGGGAUGAGAUGGGAUGAGGGGAGGGAGGGGUUGGCGCUUGGCGACAGGCGACGGGCGACAGGCAGGGGGGGUGUGCGGGGAGGCGGAAAGGGUAGUGGGCAGGUGAACUAACAGCAGCAGCAGCAGCAG